UGCGGAUCCGCCCAUUUGUGGCCGAGACGGGCUCGCAAGCAACGCUCUCUCACAAUCCCGGCGUCGUUUUAUAGCCUCUCAUGCCGUUCCCUCCGACUCGCCGUCUCUCUCCGUCACGCGACUGAGGAAGGGAAGUCCACCGCCGUUUGAUGGCCGCGAGCUCCUCCUCUAUAGCUCCUCAGCUGGUAGGACCGAGGGCCUCCAGACUUUCAGCUGCUGGCCGGGCCGCCGGAGCUCCGUUUCUGGUCCGGGUUUCCGCCAACGGUAGCGGAGCCACCGCCUGCAGCGCGAAUGAGCUCGGACUUGCCCAGGGUCCUUCCUGCAUAUUCGUCGGGCCUAUAGAGACUGCCAGCAAGGAAACGCUCGAAGCUCUGUACCGCCAAGCUCGAGAUGCUUACUAUAGUGGCAAGCCUUUGAUAGUUGACGACAUGUUUGAUAGAGUGGAGCUGAAGCUACGUCGGUAUGGUUCAAAAUCAGUAGUGAAGUACCCCCGCUGCAGUCUUCGGCGGCAAUCAACGUAUGCUGAUGCAGAGGAAGAUUUGUCUCAAGCUUUUACAUUGGCGAGCAUAUGGAUACUGUUUCUCGCAGUUGGAGGCUCUGCUUUUCUUGUGCCUAUCCUUUACACCGUUGGGCUAGCUUCUCAAGAUGAAUUUAACUCGGGAUUUGCCUACAACAGCCAAGCCCUGCAGCUUAUGGCCGUGGCUAAUGGCUUUCUCUUCAUGGCAAUGGGAUCGCUGAUUGGCUAUCCAAUUGUGUCAGCCUCUGUGAAAGUGCUCCAAGGUCUGUGGAGGAAUGACUUGGCUGCAUUGAAAGGGGCUUGCCCGAAUUGUGGGGAGGAGGUCUUUGCAUUUGUAAAGUCAGAUCAAUCUAAUGCCUCCCCUCAUAAAGCAGAUUGCCAUGUCUGUGAAUCUGGAUUGGAAUUCCGCACAAAGGCUGAGAAAUCUGUCUCCAAACUUGGGCGGAGGUGGGUUUAUGGCCGCAUAUACCUCGUUUCGAGGAGAGGGAGAGGUCGACAGCAAAGAUGGAUUUAAUCCCCCUUGUACAACAGCAUAUAGAAAUUCUUUCCAGCCGACCAAAAAUCUAUGGUUUGUUUGUGGCUGCAAGACAGAUGGUAUACUCGAAGUUCCCUUACAACAGGAAACAGAAAUCCUCAUUCCGCUUGUUUUAUCCAAUAAAUACAUAUUAGCAAGAAAGGCAGACCUUAUAAGAUGGUAUUUCAUAGUUGCUAUGUACUGAAGACUGAUCUAUUGAAUUAUUUUAGUGAUUGUUUUCUCCUGUAUUA